AUGGUUUCUGGAUUUUGUGUGAGGGUGCUCCUGCUCUCACUCUUAGCCUUUGGGCCACAUGCUGAGGCGCUGAGCUACAGAAGUGGAGGGUCCAAUGGAGUUACACCGUACUUUAAGUCACCCAGUGCUUUGCUUGGAGGUCAAAAUCCAGGUUUAGCCGCUUCCAGUUAUGAGAACUCUGCACAGGCUGGAGGAUCUAAAGGUGGCUCUGGACCCAGUUACCCUGAAGGUGGCUCUUCUGAUGAACUGGAGCCUGCUGUUUUUUCUGGAAGGCAAGUAGAUGGUAACAGUCAGGAAAGAAGUGUUUCCAGUUACAGGCCUGACCCAAUGAUCCCUUCAAAACCCAAAGAGAACCUGAUGCAGCCAAGUCAUCAAAAUAACCCUAUUAACCUUAAGCCCAGUGAGAGCCUGUGGAAUGUAUUUCCCAGUAAUGGAAACGGAUUUCAGCCCCAGCUGCCGUCGAGCUACCAGCCCAAGCCCCAGCUGCCGUCUAGCUACCAGCCCAAGCCCCAGCUGCCGUCUAGCUACCAGCCCAAGCCCCAGCUGCCGUCUAGCUACCAGCCCAAGCCCCAGCUGCCGUCUAGCUACCAGCCCAAGCCCCAGCUGCCGUCUAGCUACCAGCCCAAGCCCCAGCUGCCGUCUAGCUACCAGCCCAAGCCCCAGCUGCCGUCUAGCUACCAGCCCAAGCCCCAGCUGCCGUCUAGCUACCAGCCCAAGCCCCAGCUGCCGUCUAGCUACCAGCCCAAGCCCCAGCUGCCGUCUAGCUACCAGCCCAAGCCCCAGCUGCCGUCUAGCUACCAGCCCAAGCCCCAGCAGCCCGUAUUUCAAAGCAAAGAUGCCAUGUGGAACAUCGCUCUUUCCCAUGAUGUCGCUUUUGACCCAAAUGAGGAGUUGCCCACUUACCCUGAAGUGAAUGUUCGGCCUAGAGCUGGAAAAGAGAACCUGGUGCAGCCAAGUCAUCAAAAUAACCUUAAGCCCAGUGACAGCCUGUGGAAUGUAUUUCCCAGUAUUGGAAACGGAUUUCAGCCCCAGCUGCCGUCUAGCUACCAGCCCAAGCCCCAGCUGCCGUCUAGCUACCAGCCCAAGCCCCAGCUGCCGUCUAGCUACCAGCCCAAGCCCCAGCUGCCGUCUAGCUACCAGCCCAAGCCCCAGCUGCCGUCUAGCUACCAGCCCAAGCCCCAGCAGCCGUCUAGCUACCAGCCCAAGCCCCAGCAGCCGUCUAGCUACCAGCCCAAGCCCCAGCUGCCGUCUAGCUACCAGCCCAAGCCCCAGCAGCCGUCUAGCUACCAGCCCAAGCCCCAGCUGCCGUCUAGCUACCAGCCCAAGCCCCAGCAGCCGUCUAGCUACCAGCCCAAGCCCCAGCAGCCGUCUAGCUACCAGCCCAAGCCCCAGCAGCCGUCUAGCUACCAGCCCAAGCCCCAGCAGCCGUCUAGCUACCAGCCCAAGCCCCAGCAGCCGUCUAGCUACCAGCCCAAGCCCCAGCAGCCGUCUAGCUACCAGCCCAAGCCCCAGCAGCCGUCUAGCUACCAGCCCAAGCCCCAGCAGCCGUCUAGCUACCAGCCCAAGCCCCAGCAGCCGUCUAGCUACCAGCCCAAGCCCCAGCAGCCGUCUAGCUACCAGCCCAAGCCCCAGCAGCCGUCUAGCUACCAGCCCAAGCCCCAGCAGCCCGUAUUUCAAAGCAAAGAUGCCAUGUGGAACAUCGCUCUUUCCCAUGAUGUCGCUUUUGACCCAAAUGAGGAGUUGCCCACUUACCCUGAAGUGAAUGUUCGGCCUAGAGCUGGAAAAGAGAACCUGGUGCAGCCAAGUCAUCAAAAUAACCUUAAGCCCAGUGACAGCCUGUGGAAUGUAUUUCCCAGUAUUGGAAACGGAUUUCAGCCCCAGCUGCCGUCGAGCUACCAGCCCAAGCCCCAGCUGCCGUCGAGCUACCAGCCCAAGCCCCAGCUGCCGUCGAGCUACCAGCCCAAGCCCCAGCUGCCGUCGAGCUACCAGCCCAAGCCCCAGCUGCCGUCGAGCUACCAGCCCAAGCCCCAGCUGCCGUCGAGCUACCAGCCCAAGCCCCAGCUGCCGUCGAGCUACCAGCCCAAGCCCCAGCUGCCGUCGAGCUACCAGCCCAAGCCCCAGCUGCCGUCGAGCUACCAGCCCAAGCCCCAGCUGCCGUCGAGCUACCAGCCCAAGCCCCAGCUGCCGUCGAGCUACCAGCCCAAGCCCCAGCAGCCGUCUAGCUACCAGCCCAAGCCCCAGCAGCCGUCUAGCUACCAGCCCAAGCCCCAGCUGCCGUCGAGCUACCAGCCCAAGCCCCAGCAGCCGUCUAGCUACCAGCCCAAGCCCCAGCAGCCGUCUAGCUACCAGCCCAAGCCCCAGCUGCCGUCGAGCUACCAGCCCAAGCCCCAGCUGCCGUCGAGCUACCAGCCCCAGCAGCCCGUAUUUCAAAGCAAAGAUGCCAUGUGGAACAUCGCUCUUUCCCAUGAUGUCGCUUUUGACCCAAAUGAGGAGUUGCCCACUUACCCUGAAGUGAAUGUUCGGCCUAGAAAUGUUAGACCAACUUAUAUGGUGGCACCAAACCCUCCUCGAUGGGCCCGUUAG